UUUACGAAUCCAAUCAUGUCGUGAGGCAGAGGCUGGCUGCUCCACCUGGGCAGAGGCAGCAGCACGAGCAGGAGGACAGGAGGAGGAGGAGGAGGAGGAGGAAGGGGCUCGGGCAAAAUGGUGAAACGGAAAAGCCUGGACGAGAACGAGCCGGAGUGCGGGAAGGGAAUACCGUUCCCCAUCCAGACCUUCUUAUGGAGACAGACCAGCGCUUUCCUGCGUCCAAAGUUGGGGAAGCAGUAUGAGGCGUCCUGUGUGUCCUUUGAGCGGGUGCUGGUGGAGAACAAGCUGCACGGUCUGUCGCCAGCGCUGUCCGAGGCCAUCCAGAGCAUCUCCCGCUGGGAGCUGGUCCAGGCAGCCCUGCCCCAUGUCCUCCACUGCACCUCCAUCCUGCUGUCCAACAGGAACAAGCUCGGCCACCAGGACAAGCUUGGUGUGGCAGAGACCAAGCUGCUCCACACUCUGCACUGGAUGCUCCUUGAUGCCGCUCAGGAGUGCAAUCAUGAGCCCAUCACGGGCCAAAGGUGGUCGCGGGGGGGCAGCGGCAGCAGCUCCUUCCUACAGCCCAUGGGAAACCAGGGCUCCUCCCCGGUAGCCCCGGGCUUGGGCUCUGGCUCCGGCCUGGUGGGAUCGGGGCCCCGCCAGGGCAGCUCCCUGCUGGAGGAUGAUGAGCACGCCCGGACUAAGCUGUUCCAGAAGAGCAUGGCCACGGUGGAGCUGUUCGUGUUCCUGUUUGCUCCUCUCAUCCACCGCAUCAAGGAGUCGGACCUGACCUUCAGACUGGCCAGCGGGUUGGUAAUAUGGCAGCCAAUGUGGGAGCACCGGCAGCCCGACAUCCCGGCCUUCACCACCCUCAUUAAACCCGUCAGAAACAUUGUGACCGCAAAGAGGAACUCUCCAGUCACCAAUCAGUGCAGUCCCUGUGGAUCUGGCAACCCAAGUCCCAUGGGCUUCCAGGUGGUCUGUGAAGCUGCCCAAUCAGGUUCCUCCUCUCCUGCCGCUGCAGAGCAAAGCUGUCGUCGUGGCAACUCCAUCGAUAAAGGUGGCACGUCCCAACAACCCCCACCUGCCAAAAGCCCUUCCAAGAAAAAGAUAUCAGCCCCUGCCGGUCUGCCGGUGUCUCUGGCCCAGCGAGCGCGCUACGCCACGUACUUCGACGUGGCGGUGCUGCGUUGCCUGCUGCAGCCGCACUGGACGGAGGAGGGCGUGCACUGGGCCCUGAUGUACUACCUGCAGCGUCUGAGGCAGAUCCUGGAGGAGAGACCUGAACGCAACCCAGAACCUCUGAUUCCCCCUUUGCCGCGUCCACGCAGCAGCUCCAUGGUGGCUGCAACCCCCUCGCUGGUCAACACACACAAGACUCAGGACAUGAGCUUGAAGUGCAACGAAGAGGGAAAGUCUCUGAGCACGGAAACAUUUGCAAAGGUGUCUCUAACUAACUUGCGUCGCCAGGCGGUCCCCGACCUCUCCUCUGACCUGGGCAUGAACAUCUUCAAGAAGUUUAAGAACCGACGUGAGGACCGGGAGAGGAAAGGCUCCAUCCCCUUUCAUCACACGGGAAAGAAGCGUCAGCGUCGCAUGGGGGUGCCUUUCCUGCUGCACGAGGACCACCUGGACGUCUCGCCCACCCGCAGCACCUUCUCCUUUGGGAGCUUCUCGGGCCUCGGAGACGAGCGACGGGCAUUAGAUCGCGGCGGCUGGCAGGCCACCAUCAUGGGUAAAUUCACACGAAGAGGCAGCACAGAUACGGCCGCAGACGCCGACAGCCUGAGCGCCAAACACUCUCAUUCCCACCAUUCCCUGCUCCGAGACAUGCCCGACCACUCCAACAGCCACAGCGACAACACUGUGAAAGAAGUUCGAUCUCAAAUCUCCACCAUCACCAUGGCGGCGUUCAACACAACCGUGGCGUCCUUUAACGUGGGCUACGCCGACUUCUUCACGGAGCACAUGAAGAAACUGUGCAGCCCCGUUGCUGUGCCUGAGAUCCCAGUGGAGCCGCUGGCCUGUGCCAACCUGCCCCGCAGCCUCACCGACUCCUGCAUCAACUACUCCUGUCAGGAGGAGGGGGAGAACAUUGAGGGGACCAAUAACUUUGUGCUGAAAAAUGGCAUGUUGGACCUCACAGCCAUCCUGCGGGCUCUUUAUGCCGUCUUCAGUCACGACAUCAGUUCCAGGAUCUGCGACGUGGCGCUCAACAUCAUCGACUGCCUGCUGCAGCUGGGCGUGAUGCCCGGCACGGGCAAGAAGCUGUCCAAACCCGACAACAAGGAGAACCAGGAGGCGCGGGCCAAAGACCCUCCUGGCCAGGGCUUCGGAGGAGGCGCUCAGGGUUGUGGACCGAUUCCAGGAGGCGGAGGAGGAGGGGGAAAUGGAGGCGGAGGAGGAGGGGGAAGUGGUGGAAGUGGAGGAGGAAGCGGGCAAGGGAGCAAGGAUGAUGUGAAAAACAACAAGGAUGGUGACAAAACGGACGACGGCUCUGGCUUCAGCUCCCACCGCCUGGCUUUAACCAUGCUCAUAAAGAUAGUCAAGUCUCUGGGUUGCGCUUACGGCUGUGGCGAGGGGCACCGGGGACUAUCAGGAGAUCGCCUCAGGAUGCAGGCUCAGAACUGCUUGACCAACCUGUACAAGCUGGACAAGGUGCAGUUUCGCCAAACAAUGCGCGAGUAUGUCAACAAAGACUCCCUCAAUAACAUUGUGGACUUCCUACAUGCACUGCUGGGCUUCUGCAUGGAGCCCAUCACUGACAACAAGGCGGGCUUCGGCAACAACUUUGCCACGGGGGACAACAAGUCGCUGGCUCAGAACAUGGAGGCGGUGGUGGUGGGCUGCAUGUUCAAGUCUCUGAUCACCCGCUGCGCCUCGACCACGCACGAGCUGCACAGCCCCGAGAACCUGGGUCUGUACUGCGACAUCCGCCAGCUGGUCCAGUUCAUCAAAGAGGCCCAUGGGAAUGUGUUUCGCAGGGUGGCACUGAGCGCGCUCCUGGACAGCGCUGAGAAGGUCACCACCACCAAGAAACCCGACGAGAGGGAUGACAAUAAACUGCUCGGACUUCGGAGGUCUGAGGCAUGUGUGUCCGGGGAGAAGGGUCUGGUGUCCAGUGCUGCAGAUGAGUGUCGCAGCUACAUCUCCAGCAGACCCCCCCAGACCCCCGAACAUGACGAACAGAUCCCGGGUGCUCUUCUUGGCAGGAAAGAUUUCUGGAGGAAGAUGUUCAAGUCUCAGAGCGCCGCCAGUGACACCAGUAGCCAGUCAGAGCAGGACACCUCGGAAUGCACCACGGCACACUCCGGCACCACCACGGACCGCCGCUCCCGAUCCAGAUCCCGCCGCAUUUCGCUGCGCAAGAAACUCAAACUCCCAAUCGGAAACUGGCUGAAGCGCUCCUCUUUGUCUGGGCUGACUGAUGGCGUCGAGGACCUGCUGGAUAUCAGCUCAGUGGAUCGACUCUCCUUCAUCCGCCAGAGCUCAAAGGUGAAGUUCACGAGCGCAGUGAAGCUGUCCGAAGGGGGCCCUGCAGGGCCGGAGUACGGCCGGGACGAGGAGGAGAAUUUCUUCAAGCGGCUCGGUAAAUGGAGGUCUGGCAGGAGGAAUCCAUCCAAGCUUCACCACACAGAAGAGAAAGAUGGUCCUCAUGGUUUUCAGGAGCGACUCGCAGCCAGUCAGGAGGCCAUGAAAAAUAAAAACGUGGUGAAUCUUGGCGCAAUCCGACAGGGUAUGAAGCGCUUUCAGUUUCUCCUCAAUUGCUGUGAACCGGGAACCAUUCCGGAUGCCUCGAUCCUUGCUGCCGCUCUAGACUUGGAGGCUCCUGUCGUGGCGCGGGCUUCCCUCUUCCUCGAAUGCGCCCGAUUUGUUCACCGCUGUAACCGUGGUAACUGGCCUGAGUGGAUGAAGGGCCACCAUGUAAACAUCACCAAGAAAGGCCUGUCCAGGGGCCGGUCACCGAUAGUGGGCAACAAAAGAAACCAGAAGCUCCAGUGGAACGCUGCCAAACAUUUCUGCCAGUGGGGAGACGCAAUCGGCACAAGGCUCAGUGAACUCUGUCACUCAGAUAGCGAGAGCCCCGCCAACAUCCUGGGUUACAUUUAUGAUGAAGAAACCAAGCGAAGAAUGCGAAAAGAAGACGAGGAGGAGGACUAUUUAGAUGACAAUACAGUGAAUCCUACAAAAUGCGGCUGCCCGUUUGCGCUGAAGAUGGCUGCCUGCCAGCUGUUGUUGGAAAUCACCACCUUCCUGCGAGAGACCUUCCCCUGCUUACCGCGCCCUCGCACUGAACCGCUCGUGGACCUGGACAGCUGCCGUCUUCGUCUGGACCCAGAGCUCGGCCGCCAUCGCUAUGAGCGGAAGAUCAGCUUUGCGGGCAUCCUCGACGAUGAAGACGGGCACGACUCGCUCAACAGCAGCAGCCACACUCUGAAGUCUGACACCACCUGCGACGACAAGAAGACCCAGGAGGCUCAGGUACUUGUCAGGAAGAUCCGCAUCGGAGGCUCCCGGCUGCUUCAGAUUAAAGGGGCCCGCAGUUUCCGUGUGAAGAAAGGAGGCUCGCUGUCUUCGAUCCGCCGGGCGGGGAGCCUGAAGAGCACCAAGCUGUCUCGGCAGGACUCGGAGUCAGAGAACGAAGAAGGGCUGCUGUCACAAACACAGAGCAGGGACACGGUGACUGACAUCGGAAGUCCCUUCAGCACCAGUGAGCCCAGCAUUGAACCAGAGGGUCAGGGUUCAGGAGGAACUGAGGACAACUAUCACCGCAACAUGUCCUGGCUCCACAUUAUGAUCCUGUUGUGCAACCAGCAGAGUUUCAUCUGCACACACAUAGACUUCUGCCACCCACGCUGCUAUCAGCACCACGGCCGCUCCUGCGCCCGCCUCGUCCGCGCCAUCAAGCUCGUGUACAGCGAGUCGGUGGACAGCCUGAGAGAGGACAGCGCCUCCGGCAACAUCGGACGGGCGAAGAAAAGCAAAGAGUGUUCAGACAAAUCUUGCCUGCGAACUCCGUCCAUGAAAAGCAAACCCACCGACUCAAACACAGAAGGGAAGAAAGAUACGGGCAUGCUGAAGUACAUUCGCAACCAGGUGAUGAGCUUGUCCCCAGCUCCUCUGUCACUGCUUAUUAAAGCUGCUCCCAUCCUCACAGAUGACAUGUAUGGAGACAUCCAGCCAGCAGCCUGGGAACUUCUGCUCAGUGUGGAUGAGCAUAUGGCCGCUGCAGCUGCCGCCAUGUUCCUCCUGUGCGCAGUGAAGGUCCCUGACGCCGUGUCUGAAAUGAUGAUGGCAGAGUUCCAGCACCAGGAGGCGUGUCAGCGCAUCAACUCCAUAUUGAAGUUCUACACCCUGUGGCGUUUCCGCUACCAGGUGUGGCCUCGCAUGGAGGAGGGAGCCCAGCAAAUCUUUAAGAUCCCUCCACCCAGCAUCAACUUCACGCUGCCGUCUCCAAUCCUGGGCAUGCCCUGCGUCCCUAUAUUCGACCCCCCCUGGGUGCCGCAGACAACUGGCAGCGUCCAGGACCCGAUCAACGAAGACCAGUCUAAAUCCUUUUCUGCGCGGGCAGUGUCGCGCUCCCACCAGCGGGCCGAGCACAUCCUUAAGAACCUGCAACAGGAAGAGGAGAAGCGGCGUUUAGGCCGCGAGGCGAGCAUCAUCACGGCCAUCCCCGUGGCUCAGGAGGCCUGCUACGAGCCCACGUGCAGCCCUCCGCCUGAGCAGGAGGAGGAAGCAGAAGAAGUGUUGAACCUGGCAACUCGCCGUCUGUCUGUCAGCCCUUCCUGUGCCUCCAGCAACUCCCACAGGAACUACUCGUUCCGCCGUGGCUCUUUGUGGUCUGUCCGCUCAAUGGCCAGUGCAGAAGAUGAAGAAAACACAACAGAACACACUCCUACUCACCACAUGCUACAGCCACCUCAAGCUGUCUUCCCAGCAUGCAUCUGUGCCGCAGUCCUGCCGAUAGUGCACCUCAUGGAAGACGGAGAAGUCAGAGAGGACGGCGUAGCUGUGAGCGCCGUUGCUCAGCAAAUCCUGUGGAACUGUCUGAUUGAAGAUCCAGCUCUGGUUCUCCGCCACUUCCUGGAAAAACUCACUGUGAGCAACAGGCAGGAUGAGCUGAUCUACAUGCUGAGGAAGCUGCUGCUCAACAUCGGAGAUCUGCCGGCUCAGACCUCUCACAUCCUCUUUAACUACCUGGUGGGGCUCAUAAUGUACUUUGUGCGCACUCCUUGCGAGUGGGGUAUGGAUGCCAUCUCAGCCACGUUGACCUUCCUGUGGGAGGUAGUUGGGUACGUGGAGGGCCUCUUCUUUAAGGACCUAAAGCAGACGAUGAAGAAGGAGCAGUGUGAGGUCAAACUGCUGGUCACUGCAUCCAUGCCAGGUACCAAAACACUGGUGGUUCAUGGUCAGAACGAAUGUGAUAUUCCUACACAGCUACCAGUUCAUGAAGACACACAGUUUGAUGCCCUGCUGAAGGAAUGUCUUGAAUUCUUCAACAUUCCAGAGGCUAGGUCAGCACACUUCUUCCUCAUGGACAAAAGAUGGAACCUCAUCCAUUAUAACAAGACUUACGUAAGAGACAUCUACCCUUUCCGGAGGUCAGUUUCUCCCCAGCUCAACCUUGUCCACAUGCUGCCCGAGAAAGGCCAAGAGCUCAUUCAGAAACAGGUGUUUUCUCGUAAAUUAGAGGAGGUUGGACGGGUGCUUUUCCUCAUCUCCCUCACGCAACACAUUCCAGCUGUGCACAAGCAGUCCCACGUCUCCCUGCUGCAGGAAGACCUGCUUCGGCUGCCCUCCUUCCCACGAACCGCUAUCGAUGCAGAGUUUUCUCUUUUCAACGAGCCACAAGGUAAGGAACUGUUCGGUUUGGACACCCUCCACAAGGUGCUGUGGAUCAAGCUGCUGGAGGAGAUGUUCCUGGGCAUGCCCAGUGAAUACCCAUGGGGCGAUGAGAUGAUGCUGUUCCUUAACGUUUUCAACGGGGCGCUGCUUCUGCAUCCAGAGGACAGCUCACUCCUCAGGCAGUACACCGCCACCGCCAUCAACACGGCCGUCCACUUCAACCACCUCUUCUCCUUGAGCGGAUACCAGUGGAUCCUUCCCACCAUGCUCCAGGUCUAUGCUGACUACGAGAGCAACCCAUUGCUGCGGCAGGGCAUUGAAUUUUCCUGCCGACAGUUCUACAUCCUCCACAGAAAGCCCUUCAUCCUCCAGCUGUUUGCCAGUGUGGCUCCACUGCUGGAAUUCACCACGAGCUCCAGCACUGGUUUGUCUAAAGGAGUGUCGGCUCAGUGUCUGUUUGACCUGCUGGUUUCUCUGGAGGGUGAAACCCAGGACGCUCUGGACGCUCUGGAGCUGGUCAAGGCUGAAAAACCUCUUCGCUCUCUUGAUUUUUGUUACGGCAAUGAGGACUUGGCCUUUUCCAUCAGCGAGGCCAUCAAGUUAUGUGUAACCGUGGUGGCCUACGCACCUGAAUCCUGCAGGAGUCUCCAGAUGUUGAUGGUGCUUGAAGCGUUGGUUCCCUGCCACCUCCAAAAGCUCAAGAGCAACACGGUUACGAUGGAGUCUGCGUCCGCCGCCAGAGACGAGAUCGCAGCCAUCGCCGCCCUGGCCACGUCUCUGCAAGCUCUGCUCUACAGCUCGGAGACAUUAACAAGACCCAUGACAGCCCCACAAAUGUCCCGCUGUGAUCAAGGCCACAAGGGUGGCACUACAGCUAACCACGCCAUGUCCGGGGGCGUCAACACAAGGUCGGCGAUGAUUUGAAUUUUUGACGGCGGCUUUAAAAAAACACAAAACUAAAAGGAGGUUUGUAUUCCCAGAGACAAUCUCCACCUGCUGGAGGAGGGUCAGCGAAUGCCGCGGGAGGAGCUGGAUGAGCGGAUCGCCAGGGAGGAGUUCCGCCGCCCGCGGGAGUCCCUGCUAAAUAUCUGCACAGAGUUUUACAAACACUGCGGGCCGAGACUCAAAAUCCUGCAGAACGUCGCUGGUGAGCCUCGGGUUACAGCUCUGGAGCUGCUGGACAUCAAAUCCCACAUGAGGUUAGCGGAAAUCGCCCACGCCCUCCUCAAGCUGGCGCCUUAUGACACCCUGACCAUGGAGAGCCGAGGCCUGCGGCGCUACAUCAUGGAGAUGCUCCCCAUCACCGACUGGUCGUCCGAGGCUGUCCGGCCCGCCCUCAUCCUCAUCCUCAAGAGGCUGGACCGCAUGUUCAACAAGAUCCACAAGAUGCCCACGCUCAGGUGCGCUCGCCCACAGGCUCUGUGCAGCAGGAGACAGGUGGAGUGGGAGGCUGCCAGCAACUUGAUCGAGGGAAUCUGCCUGACUCUACAGCGCCAACCCAUCAUCUCCUUCCUCCCACACCUCCGCUCACUGAUCAACGUCUGCGUCAACCUUGUGAUGGGUGUGGUCGGCCCCUCCAGUGUGGCCGACGGGCUGCCUCUCCUCCACCUCAGCCCCUACCUCUCUCCUCCACUUCCUUUCAGCACAGCUGUAGUCCGGCUGGUCGCUCUGCAGAUCCAGGCCCUGAAAGACGACUUCCCUCUCAGUCACGUCAUCUCACCUUUCACUAAUCAGGAGAGGCGAGAAGGGAUGCUGCUCAACCUGCUCAUCCCCUUCGUUCUCACUGUGGGCUCUGGAAGCAAAGAUAGCCCCCAUCUCGAGCAGCCUGAGAUUUUCCUCCUCCUGCAAACUGUCAUCAACAUUCUGCUGCCUCCUCGGAUCAUCUCCACCUCCCGCACCAAGAACUUCAUGCUGGACGCGUCUCCGGCUCACUGCUCCACCCCCGGCGACACGGGGAAGGAUCUGCGCAGGGAGGGAUUGGCAGAGUCCACCAGCCAGGCUGCUUAUCUGGCGUUGAAGGUGGUGUUGGUUUGCUUUGAGCGCUCGCUGGGGAACCAGUGGUACCGUCUGAGCCUACAGGUGAAAGAGAUGGCUCUGAGGAAAGUGGGUGGCUUGGCUUUCUGGGACUUUAUUGACUUCAUCGUACGGACCCGUAUCCCUAUUUUUGUUCUCCUGAGACCCUUCAUACAAUGCAAGUUACUGACCCAGCCAGCAGAAUCCCAGGAGGAGAUAACAGCGCGCCACCACAUUGCUGACCAGCUGGAGCGGCGCUUCAUCCCAAGACCUCUUUGCAAGAGCUCACUGUUUGCAGAAUUCAACAAUGAACUGAAGAUCCUCAAAGAGGCGGUACACAGUGGCUCUGCAUAUCAAGGAAAAACUUCUAUCAGCACCGUCGGCACCUCUACAUCAGCCUACCGCCUCAGUUUGGCCACCAUGUCGCGGUCCAACACGGGCACCGGCACUGUUUGGGAGCAGGACAGCCAGCCGUCACGCCAGCCCUCACAAGACACGCUCAGCCGCACCGAUGAGGACGAUGAAGAGAAUGACUCCAUAAGUAUCCCUAGCGUUGUGAGUGAGCAUGAGGCUUUCCUGCCCAGAGUGAUGUCACAGCGGCGUUUUUCCAGCCACGCCACCGGCUCAGUGGCCUCGCAGCCCGAGACCACCCGCACCACCAUGUUGCCCAGCCAGAGCGAACCCAAUGUGCUAGAUGAGUCCCAGGGCCUUCUGCAGGAGGGUAACCUCUCUAGGGUGGCCAGCGUGCAGAGUGAGCCAGGCCAGCAGAACCUCCUGAUCCAGCCUCCAUUGGGACGAAAGCGAGGACUCAGACAGCGCAUGGAGACCAGAAGAGGUCAGUCACCUUUACAGAGAAUCGAAGCCAGCAGGCCACGCCCAUCUCUGUGGAGCCGCCAACUGAAAGCAGGAAGGUCAGUCCUGCUCUAUCAAAGUCGCCAACUCUGGAGAUUCCCCCUGUCAUUUGUGCGACUGUCACUGCUGACCUGCACACUCAGGUUCCUUCAAACAAAAGCAGCAAGGAGAAGAGGGAGCAGUGGGGGCUCCGCAGCAGUCUUUCUCCACCCCCCUCCACUUCCCGCCCGUCCACCCCGUCACCCCCGUCCCGAACCUGCUCCCCUCUUCCUCUGUCCCGCACUUCCUCCCCAGUUCCUCCUCCUCUCCCAGUGUUGAGCACAGCGCCCACCUCAGGGCCCCCUCCGCCACCGCACUCCAGCAUCAGGGAGAGUCCCGGCGACGAGGACACGACCGCGCUGCUGCCGCCCAGCGACACCCGUCUGCGGCUCAGCGAGGACGGAGGCACGGAGAACCCGCUCCUUGCCCCGCUGCUGUCCACCCCGUCGCCACGUCUGUCCCCUCUCCCACUGUCCCCUGUUGACCUGGACUUGGACGAGUCCCACGUCUGAGAGGCAUGACGCAAGAACAGCGAAAAGUUGAGGAGAAUUUUAGAUUUAAACGAGUGACAAUCACGACGUUUGACAGA